AUGAGGCUAGCGAAAAGCGCUGGCAGCUUAUCCCUUGUACAGUCAGCAUCGCAGGUGUGGAGCUCCGGAGAACGUGUAGCAGGCCUGGGCGGUAUGGAGGCGCAGAUGAUAAUCCUCCUUGGUGGUGUCUGCGGAGGCGCAUUCCUCCACGUCAUGAACAUGCCCACAGUCGGAAUGCUCUCCAUCUACUUCGGGGCACAGACAGGGCUUGGCCUCUACAUGAAGAUUCUCCUGUCUGACCUGCCAAUUGCUCCAGAACUGAAUGUGAGGGGCGUGCCUGCGCCCUUCCUAGUCACUGCUUUGCAGCAGCUCUUGACCUUUGUGGCGCUUUCGGUAGUGUUGCUUGCUUUGCUGCCCACGCGGUGGGCGUACGUUCCACGACCGAUUCAGACCGGGAAGGAGGCGGGCUGCGUGCUGAUUAUUUCCUUGGCCUUUGCCGCCAACAUCGGUCUGAACAAUCUCAGCCUGAGCCUCCUUCCAGUGUCUGCCAACAUGAUCAUCCGAUCCUGCAUUCCGCUGAUUACCUGGAUUCUUCAACAGCUACUGGGUUGUUUCGGCCUUGGCGGCUUUCCAUCCUCCUGGGGCCUUUCGGAGUUCGCGCUGCUGCUCUCGGGCCUUGUUUGCGCAAUCGUCUCCCUCCUGGCGCAGAAGUCAAACACCGCCAUCUCUGACGGGGGAGGCCUGGAGUUCAUCCUGGGAGUUGGCAUUUGCCUCCUUUCUGAUGUGGCAGCUGCCGUCAAUGUGCUUGUCGUCUCCUACUUUGGAAAGAGCCUGGAGCCGCCACUGAAUUCCUUUGACACAGUGCUUUACAUGGCCCUGCCAUGCACCUUCUUCAUGCUCUUUGUGUCUUUGUUUGCCUCCCACCCGGUGGAGUGGGCUGGCUUCCCUCAGCUGACUGACCUCCAGGUCUUGAAGCACGUGCUGUCCUGGAAUGCGACGGCCUUGGUCUGGGUCAUCUUAUCUGGCUUCCUCGCCGCUGGGUACAACUGCAUGUCCUACAGCAUCGUUCAGAGGCUGUCAGCCACAACGGCGGGCUUUGCUGGGAACUUCAACAAGGCUGCCUUGAUCCUCAUCUCCAUCUGCUUGGGGCUGGAGAGGCUGCCACCAGGUAUUUGGGCAGUGGUCAUGGUGGCCGCGGUUGUCGGAAACAUCCUCUCCUUCACGGGCUUUAGCCUGCUGGAGCAGCGCGGUGCCCCGCAGGCCAAAUCGAAAAGCUGA